AAUUAUUUUUUUUAAAAAAAAAUUAAUGGCUGUAACUUUUCUGUUUGUCUCCAACAGCAGCUGCAUCUUCUAUCACGCACCGUUCACUCUAAAAAGGACUUCUCUUAGGCAAAAGCUCUCUGUCUCUCAAGUCUCGUCGCUAAUCAACGUGAGCUCAGAAAUUGUCAAACGAUCAGACGGUGGUCAGCCAAAUGGAGAACGCCGAUGUUUUCUUAGGAUUGCAGGAUUUUCUAGAGCGCAUGCGCCAGCCUACCGCUGCUGAUUUCGUCAAAUCCAUCAAAAGUUUCAUAGUUUCGUUCUCAAACAAUGCUCCUGAUCCGGAAAGGGAUAGUGCUGCUGUACAGGCGUUCCUUGCCAACAUGGAAGCUGCUUUUCGAGCACAUCCGCUUUGGGCUGGAUGCUCCGAGGAGGAGCUGGACAGUGCUGGUGAAGGACUGGAGAAGUAUGUUAUGACCAAGUUAUUUACCCGUGUGUUUGCUUCACUUCCAGAUGAUGUAAAACAUGAUGAGCAACUUUCUGAGAAGAUGGCUCUUAUUCAGCAAUUUGUUCGGCCUGAGAAUUUGGAUAUUAAACCGGCCUUUCAGAAUGAGACAUCUUGGCUGCUUGCACAGAAAGAGUUACAAAAAAUCAAUAUGUACAAGGCUCCAAGAGACAAGCUUGUUUGUAUCCUCAAUUGUUGCAAGGUUAUCAAUAAUUUAUUGCUUAAUGCUUCACUUGCUUCAAACGAGAAUCCUCCUGGAGCAGAUGAAUUUCUUCCUGUCUUGAUUUAUGUUACCAUAAAGGCAAAUCCUCCACAGCUGCACUCAAAUUUGUUGUAUAUACAACGUUAUAGACGUCAAUCUCGAUUAGUUGCUGAAGCAGCCUAUUUUUUCACAAACAUGCUCUCUGCGGAGUCUUUUAUCUCGAGUAUUGAUGCAAAAGCGCUUUCAAUCGAAGAAACUGAGUUUGAGAAGAACAUGGAGUUUGCUCGAGCUCUUCUGUCUGGCCUUUCAACAGAUGUGGAUGGUCUUUCCAGUCAAAUUGACCAAAUUGCUGGACAUGAUCCCAGAGAAUCUACUGAAUCCGGACAUGAAAAUCUUAUGGAGGACCACUCAGUACGACCUAAAUCUUCAGAAACAAAACCUUCAAAUAAGGAAAAUCAGUCAUCAAUCACUAAAAUUCCAUCAAUCUCAGAGUUGGAGAAUAGAGGGGCAGCUAUGCUUUUGAAGGAGGAUCAGAGGAGCAAGGUUUUUCGGGAUUACCCAUACUUGUUUGCUCAUGCGGGUGACUUGACAAUCAGUGAUGUGGAAGACCUGCUAAAUAACUAUAAGCAACUUGUGUUCAAGUAUAUUUGUCUUUUGAAAGGAUCGGGUGGUGGUUCUGCAACUUUUCCUUCAUCCGGAUCGCUAGCUCAAGUCCAUCACCAUGUCGAAACAGUGAAGGAAUCUGCAGAGAAUAGAGUGUUAGAACAGAAUAUUGGGUUGCAAAAAGAUACUGAUACAGUGGAUGAUGGUCCAAAUAGAGUUUCUAACCAAGAAAAUAUUGAAUCUGAUUUCUCAAAGGAUGAGGUAGUUCCACCCUCAAAAGACAACCAUGAUGACACCUCUGAAUAAUAGCUGAUUGGGAAGAUGUUUUCUGGAGUAUGUUGCCCUUUCAAAUGCUGCAGUAACCAAGUCACUGGGGCCUUUUUGUUCCCCUUUAUGUGGUGAAUGGAAUGCUGUCAUGAGUUCAAAUCAAAAGGUGCUGUCAUAAGACCAUCUUUUUUUAUUUUGAACUUAAAUGAGAGACUAUUUUGCUGUCUAAAGAGAGAAAAGCCAAGGAGGGGUGAAGUUAUAAAUGGAAGUUUUGCAGUAACUGCCCAGAUUCGACUCAUCAAAGCCUAGUUCCAGCAUACAUGCAUGACAGGUGAGAUUCUUGUGACAUCUUUGUACACUAUAUUAUGGUCCAUUGUGAUAAGUAGGAAGCUAUAAACUUGGAAGUUCUGUUUUGAAGCAAGGUGUGGCGACCUUUUGAUUUAUAUGCCAAUGAUGCCGCACUUGAUAAUUUACUGAAAUAUAUAGAUACAUUGAACAUUGGAGAAUUAUAUUCUUGACUCAUAGUUUGACUUUG